CCUGCGCGCUGCGCGCCGGGCCGGUUCGCCAUGGCGGACGCGCUGCCCGCGCUGGAGGAGCGGCGGCGGCUGCAGGCCGAGCUCGGGGACUUCGUGGACAGCUGCCGCCGCACGCUGGAGCAGGUCGCGGCGACCCUGGGCUGGAGCCUCGACCGGCUGGACUCGGAGGACGCUGCGGCGGAGCUCGUGGUGUGCCCGCUGGACCCCAACCACCACAUGCCCCAGACGUCGCUGGCCAAGCACGUGGCGUCCUGCCGGCUGCGGAAGCUGGGCUACUCGCAGGAGGAGGAGGAAAAAAUGUAUGAUUCUGAAUUUUUCUACGAGAACGCGAACGUCCCUUCAGUUACUCUCAAUAAGGACCUGCAGUUCCAGGUCAUCGAGCAGGCUCGAGCCGCGGCCGGGAAGGAUGGUGGCUGUGGGCAGCAGAGGACUCCCUCCUCGCUGCCUGCCGAGGUCCCCCUGAACCACAAGCGCUGCGUGUGUGACCUCACCCAAGCUGACCGCCUCGCCCUCUACGACUUCGUGGUCGAGGAGACCAAGAAGAGGCGCUCGGGCUCCCAGAUCUCGGGGAACGACAGCGACCUCUUCGUCGACUUGGCCGCCAAGGUCAACCAAGAUACCAGCCGGAAGAGCCCCAAGUCCUACCUGGAGCUCCUGGCCGAGGUGCGGGACUACAAGCGCCGACGGCAGUCCUACCGGGCCAAGAACGUGCACAUCACCAAGAAGUCCUACACCGAGGUGAUCCGGGACGUGAUCGAGGUGCACAUGGAGGAGCUGGGCCGGCACUGGCAGGAGGAGCAGCAGGCAGAGGAGGACGCGGGCAGGAGUGAAGGGCGGCGCUCAGCCUCGGUGGGCUCGCGGCCGUCGGGCGGGAGCGACGCGGAGGCCGAGGGCUCGGGGCACCGGAGGAACCGCAGCCGCAGCCCAGCCCGGCGGAAGCGGGCGCGGGAGAAGGACAAGAGCCGCGACGCCUCCCGGAGGAGGAAGGACAGGGACGGGGAGCGACACCACAGUCACAAGAGGAGGAAGCAGAAGGCGUGAGCGGGCCCGGGGGUGGGCGGCCCCGGCCCUGCUCGGACCCCAACCCUGCCCGCG